AUGGCAAGUCUCUUCUCCAUGUAUUUUCACAUGACUCUGAGUUUUAUAGGCCAAAUGCUAGAUGAGAUGUCAAUCUUAUGGGUUUUGGCUAUUGGCUACUCUCUGUGGUUCCCACGCAGACACUUUCCCUCUUAUAUUAAGGACAGGAGAAUGUUCUCUCAUAUGGUCCUGAUCACUGUUAUAAGCACUCUGUCCUCUUUUGUCAAACCUACAGCCAAUGCCUACGCUCUCAACUGCUUCGCCAUCCAUAUCCUCUACUGUCUGUUUGUGGAAUUAAGGAGUUGCACAGAUGAGAGAGUGCUGCGUCUGGCCUGGGCGUCCAUUGGCCUGUGGGUUCUGGCUAUCUCCUGCUGGAUUAGUGAUCGCUUUGGCUGCAGCUUCUGGCAGAAACUGGACUUCUGUUAUCUGCACGGUAUCUGGCACAUUCUGAUUGUGGUGGCCACCGCUUAUGGUAGCACUUUGAUCGCUUACCUGGACGCCAGUCUGGAGAUCCCUUAUUCCCUGCCUGACCUGCAGUACUGGCCACGGAAUAUAUGGUCCAUUGGGCUUCCUUACAUUGUCCUCAAAGGCACCACAAAGACACGGAAGAGAUGCUAGCAGGCACGACAAGAUGAACAGAAACAAGAUGAACAAACCAAAUUAAUUUUAUAAAGUAUUAAAGCUUAAUUUAACACUGAUUUAGGGCCAGCCUUUAUAUUUCCGAAAUGGUGAAUAUAUUUAUAUGGGCAGGAAGGAGCUGCUCCUAGAUCAGUCUUCUGAGCCACUGUAUGUUAUGUGAACACUGAAGAGAAACUUGUUAUAUGAAACAAAUGUUGUGCUGAAAUUGUUGCAGUUUCUGGAACUUUCUCCACAUUUCUCACAGAACCUGAAACUGAAGUGUGUGUCUGUUGUUAUGUAAAAAUUAAUAUUUGCACUGUUGUGACAAGAUUGAAUGUGUGUACAAAGCUAGAAUUCUCCAUUUUACUUGAUUUACUUAAUACCAAUCUGAGGCUUUUUAUGACAAUUGACUGAAAAUUGUCAUAAGCAACUACUCGAUUCAGGGUUGAAACCUGAACAUGUAAAUGUAAAAAUGUUAGAUUAAUAGUCUGUUCAAAGGAAGAAAAUCAUGCUGCUUGUUCGAUGUGAAAUGUCACUUUCUGAAAUGAUUUUCUCACAUCAAAUGGUGCAAACCAUUAAUGGUGUUAUAACUUCUAAGCUUCACCACAGUGUAUGGAAUUAUGUUUAUUGAUAAUGGUGUACUGUUAAUGAUGAUUUGUGGUUAUUUUUAUAUAAAUUAUGAUUGCUGGGACAUUCAUUUGGUGUUAUUUAAGGGUUUGAAAUGUUGCCAUUAAAAAUUAUUUAUAUA